AUGUCUAAACUGUUGGAAAAAUUAAAAACUUAUUUUGGCCAUGACCGGUUUCGUAGUGAAAUACAAGAAAAUGCAAUAAAGACAGUAUUAAAAGGAAAUCAAGAUGUUUAUAUUUCAAUGCCUACAGGAUCUGGUAAAUCUUUAUGUUUUCAACUUCCAGCAGUACUUCAAGAAAAUAAAGUUGCUAUCGUUUUUUCACCAUUAAUAUCACUUAUGAAAGAUCAAAUCGAUCACUUAAAAAAACUCAAUAUCAAAGCAGUGACUCUUAAUUCGAAAAUGAAUGAAAAAGAUAGAACUGCUACAAUAAAUGGACUUAAAGCUGUAAAAUGUGAUAUAUCAUUAUUUUAUGUUGCUCCUGAACAAAUCAAAUCUGCGACUUUUUUGUCACUUCUUACUUAUCUGUACAGUAAAAAAAUGAUAUCUUAUUUUGUUGUCGAUGAAGCACAUUGUAUUAGUCAAUGGGGUCAUGACUUUCGAUCAGAAUAUUUAAAAUUAGGAUCGCUUAGAAUUAAAUUUCCAGGAAUUCCUUAUAUUGCUUUGACAGCAACUGCCAGUUGUGAGGUUGAAAAAGACAUAAUAAAUAAUUUAAAAUUGAAUAGGCCUUUUGGUAAAUUUAAAGUACCUUGUUUUAGGAAAAACUUAUAUUAUGAUGUAGUUUUUAGAGAUAUUUUAGAUGAUGAUGUAGAACAUUUAAAAACAUUCAUUGACAAAUGUUUAGCUCAAACUUCAAAAACUGAAAAAAAGAGUAUGUUACCCUCAGGAAUUAUAUAUUGCAGAACGAGAGAAUCGACAGAAGAUAUUGUUAAAUUACUUUUGAAAAAAGGUUUAACAAUUCAAGCUUAUCAUGCUGGAUUAUCAGAUAAACAAAGAAUACAAGUUCAAAAUGAUUGGAUGUCUGGAAAAUGCCCUGUUAUAAGUGCAACUGUGAGUUUUGGAAUGGGUAUCGAUAAAGCUGCAGUAAGAUUUGUUGUUCAUUGGGGAAUGCCACAAAGUGUUGCUGCUUAUUAUCAAGAGUCUGGAAGAGCUGGAAGAGAUGGACUGCCUUCCCUUUGUAGAAUAUAUUACUCUAAAAUUGAAAGAGAUAGAGUUGAUUUCAUUCUUAAAACAGAAGCAAGAAAAGCCAAAACAGAAGAUAAAGUUGAAAAAGCAAAAUUAGCAUAUAAAAGUUACGAACGUAUGGUGAGAUACUGUGAAGAAGUUAAAUGCAGGCACAGCGUAUUUGCUGAAUAUUUUGGCGACGAUAAACCUCCCUGUAAAAAAAAUUGUGACGUUUGCAAAGAUUCAAAAACAAUCAGCGACCAAAUAAAUGAAUUCCAAACGAAAAUUUCACAAUACGGGUCUACGAAAUUACACAUAACCGAAGAUGAUGGAGAAUUAUACGGUGGUGGAAAGCAAGGUCAAAGACUUGAAGCAGACGAUUAUUUUUCAAGUGCGGAUGGUCCUUCGUUAGAGAAAAGAGCAAAAACAGAAUUGGAAAGUUUAAUUAAAAAAGAAUUUGCCAAAAGGUCAAAUGCUAAACAAGAAGGAGAAGAAAGUGAAAAUGCUAAAUAUGCUUUGGUUAAAUCAGCUGGUGCAACAUCAACCAAAGUUAACGGCCUCAAAAUAUCAGUUCGAGAAAGUUUCUUAAAGCUAAUUACGGAUUGUUUAAUUAAAAAUGUGGGAGCAUGUGAAAAAAAUGGAGAAGUAUCCAAAGAUGAUUGUGAAGCUUGUGCCAUUGAAUUAGAAUAUAAAUGUUUUGUUUCGACAAAAGUUGUUACUUUAUAUCGUAGAUCUGUUGUUGAAACCAUAACUUCGAUAAAAAAAUUAACCAAAGAUUCAAAAUUUUUUCUAACGCUAGCUGAUUUUAUCGGAAAAGGAAAACCUAAAUUAAAUUUAUCAUUAAAAGAUAAAAAAUCAACGGUUAAAACUAAUCCAGGUGAUUUAGCAGAGGUUAAAAAAAAAGAAAAAUCAAAAAAUAUAAAAAUUUUACCGAACGAUCAAAAAAUCAUAUCCGAUUAUUUUAAGAAAAAACAUUCAUCACCGGAAGUUGAUGAAAAAAUUGUCGUCGACGAAUCGAAAAAUACAAAUAAUAUUAGCGAAGAAGAAAAACAUUUAAAGAGUGAAAAAGAUGAAAAAUCCGAUGUGAUAAUCAAGGCGAGUGAUAGUGAUUUAAAUGUUCAAAAAAAUACAAAAAGAAAAAGAUCGGUGAGUUCGUCGUCGAGCGGAGAAAAAAAAAGGAAAAAAAAUUUAGAAAAUUCAAAAUUAAAAUUAAUCGAUUUGUUUGGAGAUGACGUCAGUAACGUUUCCGGAAAGACGUCAGACAGAAAAAUAAAAUCAUCGACUGAAUCCACGCAAGAAGAUUGUGAAGAAAAUGAAUUUAAAUUAAAAUUUUCGACAAAGGAAAGAGCUCGAGUUAGCGAUUUGGUCGUUAAAAAUUUAAUGCCGAUUUAUAGAGAAAGACAAUUGAUAACGAACAAGGAUCAAUUUAAAAGCAUUGCUAAAACAAUGUCAAAAUUUUUACUUGAAACUCGAGGACCCAACAUAAGUAAAAAAUAUUAUUUUAAAUGUAUUAAAAUCGAAUGA